CUCUCCCUCUAAAACAAAACAAAGAAAAAACUCUUGAAAAAACCCCAAAUACUUUCCCCAAACCAAAGAUUUUCCACGUCACGAUUCAACAUCAGAUUCUCGUUGGAGAGAGAGUGAUCGUUUAAUGUUAGCAAAUCUUGUUUUCCAAUGGUAAAGUAACCUCAGACUGAUUAUUGCGAUUUCGAUUUAUUUAUUUUCAUUUUUUAAAAUUUAUUUCAGGGAAUUUAGAUCUAUUUUCUAGGUUUUGAAUGGUAAGGAUUUGUUAAAUUUAUCUUGAUUUAAGAUUUUAUGGUGAAGUUUGAUAUAAUAUUUUGAGGAAACUAGGGUUUUAUUCUUGUUGUUUGUGUUGAGUUGUAUGAGAUGAAAGAGGGGUUGGGAUCUGGUAAUGGGAAACUGGGGAAAGAUACAGUCCCCCUGAACUAUUACAAUGGUGAUAAGAUGAGAAGAAAUUUUGGUUCUCCGUCGAAACAAAGGGAUUUUGGUAACAAGGAUAGGAAAAGACCUCGUUUGGUAAAGAGCGAGUCUGAUUCUGAUUCGGAUACUAGUUUAUUCUUUUCACCCCAAAGAAAAUUUGUUUAUGGAAAUAAUGAGAUUAGUAAUGGAUCUGUUGGUAGAGAUAGUAGGAUAGAUUCUUAUAGUGGUAUGGCACGGACUAAAGCGGAUAGGAAGAGUAUUAAAUCUGAACCUGUUAGAUAUAGAGAAGAUAAUAGCACAUUGUUUUGGAAACCGGAUAAUGGAGUUGGAGGUGGCAAAAGAAGUGGGGGGUUGGAUGUUUUUGGAUACUAUGAUGAAGAUGCUAAAUUAGUUGAUAGGAAAAAGAAAGUAUUAGAUGAUGAUGAUGAUGAUGAUGAUGAUGAUGAUGAUAGUGAUGAAGAGAUGGGUGGCAAUAAGGUUUUAGGUUCUAAGUAUUUCGAAACACGUGGUAAGUGGAAGGAAUUUGAUAGCGAGUCCAGUAGAGGCAUUAUGGUUAAUAAUGGGGAUUCUAAGUUUUACGGGAAUAUGCAUUUUUCUUCUGUUGAAAAUAAUAGGAGAGCUGACAUUUUUGACAAGCAGAAAUAUAAGACGAAGGCUGAUAGUUUUGGGCUGGUUAGCUCGUUGAGGAGGAAGUUUGAAGCUCCUCGUGAUAUGCCUAUCAGGAUCCAGGGUAAAAAUGGUGUUCUGAAAUUGAUGAUCAGAGACAAUAAGAAAGUGGAUGGAUUUGACACAAGUUAUGGUCAUGUUGGAACCAAAGAAAAUAGAAAGGCGUAUAGGUCUGCUGGCACUUCUAACCUGAAACCUCAACUUCAUCUGCCAGCGUAUGAAGAGAAGUUUCUUCAUAAUUCCAUGAAGAAUCAAACAAACUCAAGUAAACCUUCUUCGGGUAGAUGCACAAGUCACAAUUACAAUUCGGAAGACAGUGAUACGUCCUUGCCACCAGGGUCAUCAAGUUUGAAAACUCAUAGUAUUAAGAAAGAUGGAAGGAAUAAAGUAGACUCAAAUUUGGCAUCUGAACCUUGCCUGUUACCCAGGCGCAAGGUAGGAGAAGUAAGACGUGGUACUGGCACCCAGAAGCAAUUAUUGCGGGAUCAAAUUAGAAAAAUGCUGGAAGAAGCGGGAUGGAAAAUUGAAUUUAGGCCUAGGAAGAACAGAAACUAUCAGGACGCUGUAUAUACCAAUCCCUCAGGAACAGAGUAUUGGUCGAUCCUUAAUGCCUAUUAUGCACAUCAGAAGCAGUGGGAAGAACAGAGCAGUGAUCUUAAGAAGAGUGGGGCAGGUAUUUCUUUUACACCAAUAGCAGAGGAGGUUCUCAGUCAAUUAACAAGACAAACACGCAAGAAGCUUGAGAGAGAAAAUAUGAAAUUGCAAAGAGCUAGUGGAGGAAGUACCAAUGGAGUUGAAACCAGCAAAAGGAAAUAUACUAGACAUAAGCAUGUUAAAAAUAUCAUGAACACAAAUGAAGAGACCCCUUAUGUGAGGGAAAAUGGCGAAUUAGUGAAGGUUAAAAGAGAGGAAAAUGGUUCUCCCAUUGAAAGCUCGAAAGCCUACACUAAGAAGCAGAAGUUAUCGUUUGCAUCCAGUGCUCAUUUACUCCAAAGAAGAAAAACUAAAAAGCAAAAUAGAUGUGCGUUGUUGGUGCGGUCCUCUAAGAAAGGGGCAAAUGAAGACGAAAAUAGUGUUAUUCAGUGUAAAGGACGAUUAACAAUUCUUUCGUGGCUUAUAGAUUCUGGUAUUGUGUCAUCAAGUGAAAAAGUGAAGUAUAUGAACAAGAAACGUACACAGACACUGCUGGAAGGUUGGAUUACAAGGGAUGGCAUUCAUUGUGCUUGCUGCAGUAAGAUUCUCACGGUUUCGAAGUUCGAGAUUCAUUCAGGGAGCAAAUUGCGUCAACCGUACCAGAAUAUUUGUGUGGAAUCUGGGGACUCCCUUUUGCAGUGCCAGUUAGAUGCUUGGGAUAGGCAAGAGGAAUCUGAACGCAGGGGUUUCUGGUCUGUAGAUGUCAAUGGUGAUGAUCCAAAUGAUGAUACCUGUGGGAUCUGUGCAGAUGGGGGGGAUUUAAUCUGUUGUGAUGGCUGCCCUUCAACUUUCCAUCAAAGCUGCUUAGAUAUACAGGUGCUUCCUCAAGGUGACUGGCACUGUUCAAGUUGCUCUUGCAAAUUCUGUGGUUCAAGUGGUGGUAAUUGUCAAAGGGAUCAUAAUGGGGACAUGGAAAUGCUUACUUGCAGUUUAUGCGAGGAAAAAUAUCAUACACUCUGUACGCAGCAAACAGACACUGUAGUUGUUGAUCUCAAUGCUUCAUGCAAUUAUUUUUGUGGUCUGAAGUGCAGAGAGCUCUUUGAACAGUUGCAGAAGCUUCUCUGGGUUAAACAUGAACUGGAAGCAGGAUUUUCAUGGACAUUAAUCCAGCUCUGUGAUUUAGACUCUAAUACAUCUUCUCUUGGACUAUCCCGAAUGGCUGAGUGCAAUUCCAAGCUAGCUGUCGCCUUGACUGUAAUGAAUGAGUGUUUUUUUCCUAUCAUCGACCGUAGAAGUGGCAUCAAUUUGAUCCAUAACGUUAUAUAUAAUUGCGGAUCAAACUUUAAUAGGUUGAACUAUAGUGGCUUUUACACUGCUGUUUUAGAGAGAGGUGAUGAAAUUAUCUCCGCUGCUUCCAUCAGGAUUCAUGGAACCAGGUUAGCGGAGAUGCCAUACAUUGGAACUCGCCAUAUAUAUAGGCGCCAAGGAAUGUGCCGUCGACUCUUAAAUGCAAUUGAAUCAGCUCUGUGCUCUCUCAAGGUUGAAAAACUCAUCAUUCCUGCAAUUUCUGAACUUAUGAAUGCAUGGACUACGGUUUUUGGUUUCAAGGCUCUUGAGGAAUCAGACAAGCGAGGAAUCAGAUCUUUGAAUAUGCUAGUGUUUCCUGGGACAGAUCUCUUGCAAAAGUUGCUACUAACUAAUAAUCUUUCUGAAAGACAAACGACAGAUCACACAGAUAUGGAUGUCGUUGAACCCACAAGAAAUGAUCACCUGCCAUCUGAGAGAAUAGGAAAGCCAGAACCACAUUCUUCUACCACGCCUGUCAAUGUUGCUUUUGAUGAGAGUGUUCAGGAUGGCCAUGAUAUGAAAACUGAAGCUGUAUCUGUGCAAACUUGUUUCCAAGCUCCUGAGGUACCCGAAUGCUACUAUGAACCAGAUGACAAGCUCCCCACAUCUGCUCCUGAAACCAUAGGCCUUCAGUCUUCUGUGAUUCUUCAUGAUAAGCUAGAAGUUAAAAAUGAACUUGUCUUGGAGACAGCUGAACACGAUAUUAAAUGUAGUGUGGUUGCCUUGGGUGAUGUUGAUGAGGUAAAAGCUGUCACGAUUCCUGAUGUUCAAACUAGAAUCCAUUCUUUGGAUAAUGGACAGAAUAUGGAAAGUGUGCCACAUGAGGAGUUUCAUGUCCCAGAUGAUGAAGCAACGUGAUUUAGGAUCAUUUUUUGGCAGUUGAUGCAGUUUCUGGAGAAUCCAGGAAUUCCUUAGGUUUUGUUUGAUAUCAGAGAAUUAGUUUCAUGGAAUAAGAGUUGUUUCUAUUGAAAGAGAUUCCCUGGGGUAAGCAAGGAAAGAAUUUCCAUAGAUUUCCGCGGAAUUAAACUAGUAACAUAUUUUUGGCAACACUUCUUUUUGUGGAUCCUCAAUCCUAUGGAAUUAGAUGGAUACUCAACCAAUGAAAUAUAAGCUUUUCCCAUGGAAACACAGCCAUCAGUAUUUAAAAGAGCAACCUUAUGACAUGUCCUGGGACUUGGCUUUAACAUAUUGGUAUGCAGCAUAGAAAGUUCCCUUGGCUAGUUACUCGUGGAAGGUUGAAUUCCUCGCUUCGGGGUUAUGUUUGGUGGAGGCUGGUAUAACAAGGCUGGUGUCAAAUGCUUGUUGGUGCAUCCAUGGUGAAUUUGAAUGAUGCCUGGGUACUUAUGCAUCGGAUAUCAGAUAGCUUUCGACAUUGAUUGAUUUUAUUCGAUCACCUAGAUAGGUCAAGAGUAUCAUACAUCUUUUAACCUAGGGUUGUCAGACGAUUCAAGUACAGAACGAGGCAAACUUGAAAUAA